CAGUUGAGAUGAUUUUCAUCACCACUAAACUAAUCGAAGAAGAAACGAUGCUCCGUUGUCGACACAUUUCAGACUUUUACCCAGAUAAACUAUAAAAGUAUCAUGAAUCUUGGCUUUUGAGUGUCAAAUGUAUAGUCAGGAGAAGAAAUGCUCUGUAAAGAGAAGACCAUGGCGACUGCACAGUCCGCUGUAACGUUUGCAGUGUGCAUCCUCGUGAUAACAGAACUCAUACUGGCUAAGAAAGACUACUAUGACAUACUGGGCGUGCCAAAGGAUGCCUCUGAGAGACAGAUAAAAAAGGCUUUCCACAAGCUUGCCAUGAAAUAUCACCCAGAUAAAAACAAGAGCCCAGAUGCAGAGGCAAAAUUCAGGGAAAUUGCAGAAGCUUAUGAAACAUUAUCAGAUGGCUCCAAAAGAAGAGAAUAUGACCAAUUUGGCUCUGCAUACUACUCUGAAGAAUCCCAAAGUCGGCAAAGAUCAACCUCUCAUGAACCUUUCAGUUUUAACUUCGAUGACAUGUUCAAGGACUUUGAUAUCUACAGCCAGAACAGACACGCAAGACACAGAAGGCAUUUUGAUGAGCACUCCCGCUCCCAUAAAGAGAGCCACAGCAGGCACAAGAGACACUUUCAAGGAGGAUUUGGAGGAGGUGUAUUUGAUGAUGUGUUUGAAGACAUGGAGAAGAUGUUCACAUUUGAAAGACAUAAUAAACAAACUGAAAACCAAUUUCAUGGAACAUCAAAACAGCAUUGUAGAACAGUGACACAGCGAAGAGGAAAUAUGAGCAGUGGAAAGAGCUCUGUUUUGGAGAGUUUGGUUGGGAGGGACAUCCUACCCCGAGGCACUGGUAUUGUCACACGGCGCCCCCUCAUUCUACAACUGGUGCACAUUGAUUCAGAUGACCGCAGGAAAACCAGUGAAGAAAAUGAAUCAAAGAAACAUGGACGAUGUUACAAAGGUAUUGAUGGGGAAGAAUGGGGCAAAUUUUUACACACUAAGAAUAAGAUCUACACAAACUUUGAUGAAAUUCGACAAGAAAUUGAAUCAGAAACAGAAAGAGUAUCCGGUAUUAACAAGGGCAUUAGUGAUGAACCCAUUCACUUGAAAAUCUUCUCACCACAUGUUGUGAACCUUACAUUAGUGGACCUCCCUGGUAUUACUAAGGUUCCUGUGGGAGACCAGCCCAAAGACAUUGAGAUUCAGAUCAAAGAUUUGAUCUUUAAAUACAUUUCAAACCCAAACUCUAUCAUUCUAGCGGUGACAGCGGCCAAUACCGACAUGGCAACAUCUGAGGCCUUAAAAGUGGCUCGAGAGGUGGAUCCUGAUGGCAGGAGGACAUUAGCUGUGGUCACAAAGCUGGAUUUGAUGGAUGCAGGGACAGAUGCCAUGGAUGUCUUGAUGGGCCGUGUCAUCCCUGUUAAACUUGGGAUAAUUGGAGUAGUUAAUAGGAGUCAGCUGGAUAUCAAUCAAAAAAAGGCAGUAGCAGAUUCAAUCCAUGAUGAAUAUGCCUUUCUACAAAAGAAGUACCCAUCCCUUGCAAACAGAAAUGGAACCAAAUAUCUGGCCCGCACGUUGAACAGGUUACUCAUGCACCACAUCCGAGACUGCCUCCCUGAGCUGAAGACCAGGAUCAAUGUGUUGGCAGCCCAGUACCAGUCCCUGCUAAACGGCUAUGGUGAACCUGUAGAAGACAAGAGCGCUACACUGCUGCAGCUCAUUACGAAGUUUGCUGCAGAGUACUGCAACACAAUAGAGGGCACAGCCAAGUACAUCGAGACUGCUGAACUAUGUGGUGGAGCAAGAAUCUGUUACAUUUUCCAUGAGACAUUUGGUCGAACAUUAGAGUCUGUCGAUCCACUGGGCGGCUUAACGACAAUUGAUGUACUCACAGCAAUCAGAAAUGCAACUGGCCCAAGACCUGCUUUUGUGCCCGAGGUCUCAUUCGAGCUACUUGUGAAGAGGCAGAUCAAGCGCCUGGAGGAGCCCAGUCUGCGCUGUGUGGAGCUGGUGCAUGAGGAGAUGCAGCGGAUCAUACAGCACUGCAGCAUCUACAGCACACAGGAGUUGCUGAGGUUUCCAAAGCUUCAUGAUGCCAUUGUGGAGGUGGUCACAUCACUCCUUAGAAAGAGGCUACCUGUCACCAACGAAAUGGUUCACAAUUUAGUUGGUAUUGAGUUGGCGUACAUCAACACUAAACAUCCAGAUUUUGCUGAUGCCUGUGGACUCAUGAACAACAAUAUUGAAGAGCAAAGACGUAAUAGAAUGAGAGAACUGCCUUCUGCUGUGCCCAGAGACAAGGCAGUAGCAGGUAGUUCUCAGAGCAGCUCUGUGAGUGAACAGGGCGAUGGGAACUCGGGCGGCUGGAGGGGGAUGUUAAAGAGAGAAGAAGGAACCACUGCUCCACUUCUUGCAAGUCCACAGAAGGGCCAUGCUGUCAACCUGCUAGACGUGCCUGUUCCUGUAUCCAGAAAAUUGUCUGCCCGAGAACAAAGAGACUGUGAAGUGAUUGAGCGCCUCAUCAAAUCAUACUUCCUUAUUGUGCGCAAAAACAUUCAGGACAGUGUCCCAAAGGCAGUGAUGCACUUCCUGGUGAACCACGUGAAAGACUGUCUGCAGAGUGAGCUGGUGGGACAGCUGUACAAAACAGCUCUGCUCAACGACUUGCUCACAGAGUCUGAGGACAUGGCCCAGAGACGCAGUGAGGCUGCAGACAUGCUCAAGGCGUUGCAGAAAGCCAGCCAGGUGAUUGCAGAGAUAAGAGAAACACAUCUUUGGUGAAGCUGGAGUUGUAUAUUUAGCUUCACAACAAAUGGACAUAUGCUAUUAAAAACAAUCCAUCAUUACAUACCUGCUGUGUCUCAAAUUUGCAAAUCACAAUGCAGAAACCUCCAAUGCACUGCUGUCCACAAUGUAUUAUAAUGUAGUUUUAAUGUACAGUAAACACCAGCCAGUCAAUCCUCUUCCCAUUGUUCAUUUUUAUAAGCAAUAAUUACAUAACGCAAUAAAUAGAUAAUGCUAUUCAUAUCUACAUGAAGCUAUGCUGGAUUAUGUUUUUAUUGUACAUCUAAAUAAAGUAAGAAAAACAA